CCUGUAUUUGAAUCUUGUUGCAUAAUGGCUUCACAGUUGUGAUGUUUUGGGACAUGAGCCUACCUAGGAAGAAGUCUAUAAGCAAAUGAUGGCAAGCAGAAUAGCAGCAACUGCAUCAAUUCGGGCUGUAAGCAAAGCAGGGAGGAUCAGAGCACUCAGAGCUCCAAUAACUUUGACCCAAGCUGCUGUAAGCAGAGUUAAAGGUCUUUUACAAGAAAAUAAAGAAUAUGCUGGCAUGCGAAUUGGUGUAAAAGAGAGAGGUUGCAAUGGAUUAUCAUAUACUCUAGAAUAUUCAAAUGAAAAGAAAAAGUUUGAUGAAGAAGUCAAUCAAGAUGGUGUGAAGCUUUUUAUUUGCUCAAAAGCACAAUUAACUCUUCUUGGCACUGAGAUGGACUAUGUUGAGGAUAAACUUAGCAGUGGAUUCGUAUUUAAUAACCCAAAUAUUAAAGGAACGUGUGGCUGUGGUGAAAGUUUUCAUGUGUAAGAAUUUCUAUUCAGCGCUCUUACGUCGUAAUAGUGGAAUCGAUUAUAUACUGUAAAAUUAUGUAAUUUAUUCUAAGUUCUUGCUAGUUGCUCAUUUUUGCAAAAUAAAGAAUACAUAAAUGAUGUGAUCUUUUUCUUGUUGUUUAAUGGCUAAUAAUUUAUUCCCGUAGUCCCGUUUACAAAAUAUUCAAAAUUAAACGUUUCCUUACCGUUUCGUCUUUCCUUUUUUCUACAGUGCAUUUAAUUAUCUCCUUCUAUGCAUGUCGUUGUCUUAUUCAACCCUCAAAUGGUCUUUCUUGAUACCCUUUGUUAGUGAUCAACCAUUUAACAUCGAAUAUCAAAGUUGACCUGCUGCUUCAGAGGUUUCUUUGAAAGAUCGAACGGUUUCUGUGUGAGUUUUGCUUUUGGGACAUAGGGCAAAAUAAUUAUAGGAAUAGCUACGUAUUGAUGAUAAGUUUAUAGAAAUAUUUAAUUUCCACAGUCACUUUGUCGCUGUGUACUUUCCUUUGAUUGUGACUAAAUUGUUGUUUGUUUUUAAAUCAUACAAAUUUACACUUGAAAAUGUUUUAUUUCAUUGGCUGUCACGGCUGAAAGAAGUCUGAACUUCUGAUUUGAUUGAAGACACUGUCUUUCUAAUGGCAGCUUGGGCUUGAAUUUCGGUAGUCUUCGAAAGAUGAAUUAUCUGCCAUGAAGAAGAAGAGGAGGAUUGGCAAUGAAGAGGUAAGCCUUUAAAAGGAAAGGCUAAAAUGUGAACUUCGCAUGAAACUAGGAGGUGAAGAUUUGGUAAUUCGAUGUAGACUAUGACUCUGGUCCCAUUCGAAGCAAGGACCAGUGUUGAAGUAAAAUACGUUAAUCUACUUAUUGAACUUCAAAUACUUAUUGGAUUUCAGAGUCAAAUGUUCCUUUUUGACUGCAUUGUCGCAGCCUCGAAUAAUUCUGGUUAGUCUUAGUUUUAUUUAUGCCAUACUAAAGUUCACGACCGCAUUUCCUUUCUGCUUUCCUUCCCUAAACCCGUCAUACACUAUUGAUGAAUCUAUUUACUGGUUGCUUCAUUUGCUCCCUGUUUUCUACUGAUACAUUAAAUUCACCGAGGGGAAAAUCACUCUUGAAAAUGGUGUGCGAUAUUAAUAAUCGCUAGUGAUUAAUUUGUGAUUAAAUCAAUUUUGUGUGUGAUUAAUUUGAUGUUUAGUGAAAAUAAUUAUUAAUUUUUUUAUUGAUUUUCGAUUCUUUAGAAACUGAAUCAUAGAUUCAAAAGUGCUCUCAAAUAAUUUCAUGCUCAAUAAACGUCGUCAACUAUUUUGCAACAUACUAUAUGAAUUUGAAAAUAAAAAAAUAGCAGUUCAGCACAGGGGUGGAUCCAGAAAAAUUUUUUAGCGUUGCAGAUUUGCAAAAGAAGAGAUAUCUCUUCUGAACAGCAGCAUAAGCAAAAUAUUAAAUCAGUAUUAUAGGUUGGUGACAGUAGCCUGAAGUGAAAAGCAGUGAAAAGUUGAUGAAAGUUGUUUAAAUGAGACAUUAUGACAAAUGCACGUGCUCUUUUCUUUGGGUCGUCAACUUUCGUCAUAAGAAUUUGAAUUUGCAUCAAAAGAGCUAUUUUUCCUGAACUUUAGCAUUAGCAACAUGGAUGAAAAUAGCCUUGGAUGAAAAACAGCGAACAGUUGUUGAUCAACUUGUGAAAGACAAUAAGGCAAAUUGAUGUUUCUAUUGUGUGGGCCAUCUACGCUCUUUUUCAAAAUUUUAAUAUGCAUUAAAAGAGCUAUCUUUUCUAUACAGUAGCAUUAGUAACAUGGAUGGAAAUUGCCUUGGAUGAAAAACAGUAAACAGUUGUUGAACACCUGGCAAAAGACAUUAAGACAAAUGCAUGUGCUCUGUUCUCUGCCCUCGCAAGUGAUGUCGCUAAUGGGAAAUUAAACUGACAUUCCGGAAACUUUCACCGAUAUAAAAAAUUACAAGUUCCAGCAAUAUGGAACUUGAUUAUCAAACUUUAUCCGUGGAAAUUACAAGAAUCUGACAUAAAUCAUUUAACAUAAAUGUAACAGUUGCAACUGCGAAAUCAGGAACUGUCUGGAUCCGCUCCUGUAGCAAUGGAUGAAAAAUGACUGCCAUCAGGCGUUGUUUUCGGUCAUAUCAACAUCAGUAGCAUUUGGGCAACAAAAACAGCAAUCGUUGUUUCAGUGACCCCGGCAUCAUAACGAGGCCUUCAUUUUUGCAGAUUUUCCAACGUGACCAUGAAAAGAUUGGAAAAGUUUGAAAGGGAAAUUCUAAAUAUUGUAUUUUUCAAUAACAUGUCCGGAUAAAAGUGGGCAAGGAUUCUAAUAUUUGUUUUAAGUAACUUUUAUAAUUAAUGUUAUAAUUCGUGAUUAAUUUGAUUUUUUUAUCAAUGUGAUUAUUUUGUGAUGAAAGUGUGAUUUUUCUUGAGAGCGUAAGUGAUUUUAAGCAGUGAUUCGCCACUCGAUAUUCACGUUUUCGUGAGAAAUGAACAGGCACCGCAGAGCAGGGGGGCUUUUUGCAUAAAAUGCCAAAUAUCAGGUAAUAAACUACCAGUAAAGCCUCUUUUUAUACAGUUUUAGCCCCCCCCCCACUUCCUUUAGACCCCCCACUUUUUCUCAACGCUUCAUGAUGCCUGUUGAAUGCCUCAAGUCCUGAGGCAAGAUUAUUUCCUUUUUUCUACGUGCGCUUUCUUUUACCGCUUUUGUUUAAGAAUCCUUUUUACUUACAAUAUAUAAAUUGCAAACUGAAGUCGUAUAGCUGAGUGUCCUUUAAAACGUAGUCAAAUCUACUAAAACAAAUGCUUUUUGUUGGCAAAGCUUGGUUGAAUUGUACUUGCCUGAACAAGGACCGUCAUAAUUUG